AUGUAUUCGUCAAGUGUGAUUUCCGUGCUGGCUUUGGCGGCCACGGCUGUCGGCGCGCCGACCGUCUAUCUCGCCGGCGAUUCUACCAUGGCACGAGGAAAUUCCCUCAUUACCGGCUGGGGCGUAUACCUCCCCUAUUCGCUUACCGUCAACGUGGUCAACAAGGCGAUUGGCGGGCGCAGUGCGCGCUCCUUCACUGAUGAAGGGCGCUUCGACGAGAUUGCCAAUCUGGUGCAGCCCGGCGACAUUGUCGUGAUUGAAUUCGGACACAAUGACGGAGGCUCGCUGCACCAGGGCGACAAUGGCCGCACCCCUUGCGCAGGCACGGGCGACGAAACGUGCCAGUCGACGUACAAUGGAAAGCAGGUUACGGUGCACACGUUCAACUGGUACAUGAAGCAGGCGGGCCAGCAGAUGAUUGCCAAGGGAGCCAAGGUGAUUGUGAGCAGCCAGACGACCAACAACCCGUGGGAGAGCGGCAGUUUCGUGUACGGGAGUGGCGGCAGGUUUGUUGGAUACGCAAAAGACGUAGCCGCAGCGCUGGGCAGCAAUGCCACAUAUGUUGACCACGGACUCUACUCGGCCAACAUGUGGAAGCUACUGGGAAAGGACGAGACGGAUUCUCUGUUUGUCCAGGGCCACACGCACACCAACGCCGUGGGAGCGGAUUAUGUUGCUGGAAGCUUUGUCAAGGCACUGGCGUGCGCUGGAGGUAGCUUCUUGCAGGGAAGCAUUAAGAAUGCUACCGACAGCAUUACGGGAACCUGCCUGUAA